AUGGGCAAUCAGCCAGACUUUGAAGUUAAUAUCGAUGAGUUGGCUCUUUACAUUGGCUCUCCUAAUUACGAUGGUGAACGCCUUUGGGUCGUGCAACGACCUAACAGGAAUGACAUUAUCCGGCGAUGCUUGGACCUGAAAAAGUUGAUUCCCAAGGAGAAUCUCGAAACAUUCGUUACAAUAUUCUCGUUCGUGGUCCUAUUCUGGGCUGUAAAAGGAAGUACGAGAUCAUCGGUCUUCAUGUGGUUGUUAGUUGGCGUAUUCGCCGUCUAUCUUGUCCGCGCAGCCCACUUCUACCUGCAUGUUGAAAAGCAGUUUGAUUUUACAACGGGGCAGCCGGACGAUGUGGAAGCUCUUGGAUAUCUUAUCGCGGAACACAGUCUGAUAUUAUGCACCCAUGGUGGUGCCAAGCUUUUUCCCGAUGAUAACCCUCAAGGUACCCAAGCAUCUGAAUCUCUUUAUAUCACGAUCAUACAGCGAGAGGAAUGGCUGCUCUUGAAAUAA